UUAAGGGUUAUACUUAUAACCUCAAAAAUUUCUUUUACUUUCGCAUUUUCUCAACGUUUUCGUUUACCAUGUAAUUAACUACCAAGCGCGAUAAUGAAUUUAUACGACGAGUGCUUAGACCACAAUCCAUUUUUCCAAUUCGUCCAAGAGAACCACGGCGAUAUUAUACAACAAUCCAUCGAGGAAGACUGGAUAAUUUGCGUACCAAGAAUCGGAUCGUUCGACUCGCGAUGCGUUACAAACGAGGAUGUUUACGAGAAUAUCUUAAUUCCCAACGCCGAUCUCCCGGUUACGCACUUUUCUACUUUGGCGAAACGAGAGGUGUGCGUUUGCGACAAGUCGAUUGUGGUAAACGGCGACUACUCCGUACGGAUCCUGUUUGAGGAAACUUACUACGUUAACAAGCACCAGAAGUAUAAGUUGUGGUGUGUGGAACGGCCGUUGAAUAAGAGGCACUUGAUUGUGGCAAAUGGUGAUUGCUGCUCUUGGAGUGCUCGCGAUUGUAUUAAGCUGUUGUGGACGAAGGACCGUGCCAUUUUAAGUAGUGUUAAUAAGUUGAUUGAGUGCUACUUAGAUGAGGAUUUACGGUUUCAGAGUUUAGAGGUGUUGGUGCAGAGGACUAGUGGGUUGUUUCACCAGAGUGUCGAUGUUGUAGCGAAGCAAGGCAGGGAUGGCGAAAAUAUUUGCUUGGCCUUAGAAACUUAUAUUCAACAGUGUGCCCAUAUGAAGUUACUGCGCGCAAUUUGUAACUGUACAGCUCGUUACGAUGCCAGUCUGAACAAAAUUAUUCGUAAUCUAAAUGAGGUGCAAAUAAGAGAUUUGGAUAUUAACUCCAUGUAUGCCGACUGUUUGUCUGUGGCAAAAAGGUAUAUUACCAACUUUAGUAAGGUGGUCACCGUCUUGGGUAAAGUGGAGUGUUUGCGGAAAAUCUUCGAUUUAAUUUCGAACCAGAAAGGGGUGUGUGUGACCACAGAUGAUUUACUAAAAAAUUUUGUACUCCUUAUACUAAAGUCGAAUGUAAGUAACUGGGUCGCUAACUUAAGCUACAUAACUCAUUUUCGUUUCUCCUCUCUUAGUUUGAAAGACGAAAAUUCGUUUUUAAUAACUACCCUUGAAGCUGCGAUUGAGUACAUAAAGAGAGGCGAAAUAAGGGUGGACUGCCGAUUUGAUGAGGAUAAUUUGGGCAGAUACUUUAUGGGAAUAUGUGAGGGUGAUAUAUGUUCGGUAAAAAAACGUUGUAGUCAUGAGAAAGGGGAGGACAUGGCGCUUUGCCAUCCCUUAUGUACGUGCGACAAGUGUGCCCGUAACGCCAUAGAUGUUAACAGUUGUAAUGAAAAAGGAUGGACCGCUUUACAUGUCUCGUGCUUGCACGAGCGUCCUCAUAUUGUGGAGUACUUGCUGAAAAGUGGUGCCAAAGUAAAUGUCUGUGAUGAUCUCGGACUAACCCCCUUGCAUUACGCCGCAUUAAAAGGUCACCAGAAUGCUCUCCUUUUGCUGUUACACGCCGAUGCCACCUCCGACGUUCAGGAUUCCAAUGGAAACACACCAUUACAUUUAGCCGCCAAUAACGGGCACGAAAGCUGUGUGAAAGCCCUACUUUACUUCAAAGAGCACAAGUCGUGCGCGAUUAACGCGAACAUAGUCAAUAACAUCGGGGACAGCCCUCUACACCGAAGCGUAAAGUGGGGCUACCUAGAAAUCACUUCAAUUCUUCUGCAAUAUGGUGCCGACCCCAAUAUAUCCAAUAAGUGGAAUCAUACCGCCUUUGACAUCGCUCACAAUGACUACCUCAAGAACCUACUACUCAAAUCUUUAAAUGUCGACAAAACGGUCGACGGUACGACAAUUGAACUGAAUAAAAUAUCGCCGGGGGUUUCCGAAAACUUGGAGCAAAUGAAGAAGAUUGACCUCCUACUCAAAUCGAUUAAAAACAACGACCUGCCUUUAAUGUGCUACUAUUUAGGCGUACCUAGCCUUCAGGCGACGAAUUUGAACACGAAUUCGUCCUGUCACCCACUUUGUACCUGCGAUUCCUGCCAAAUGCAAUACGAAAACUCGUCUACAGCGCCCCCGUCCACCAAGACCGUCGCCGCCCUACCGGUAAACGCGGUGAACAUCGAAGGCUUCACCCCUCUACAUGUAGCGGCGAAGUACGGACGAUUGGCCAUGGUCCGCCUUCUGCUCGACAAAGGUGCCUUAAUAAACACAAAAACACGUAAGGAACAACUGACCGCCCUCCAUCUCGCGUGUCAGCAUCACAGAAUCCAGGUCGUUCGCGAAUUACUGAAAUGCGGGGGAUGUAAUGCCGACAUGCAAGAUGUGAAAGGUAAUACUCCAUUGCAUUACGCUUGUUUAAGCAACGACGGUGGUAUUGUAGAGUUGCUUUUAAGUCAUGAUUGUGAUAUUAGUAUUAAGAACUCAAAUAAUAAAACCGCAUUGAAGGAGGCGCAUUCCAAAAUGUUUUGGAAUGUGGUGAAAUUAUUUAAAAUUAAUUCAAAUAGUAACGAUAACAAUGGUUUAUUUUUAUCCUUGUGAAAUUUAAGUCGUUUAGGGCAAGGAUAUAAAUUUUCAUUUAUUGGUCCUUACUUUGUUUACAGUUAAUCAACUAGCAAUUAAAUGCUAACGAUCUUUAGUGAAAAAAACAGGAUCAGUGCCUUGUUAAUUAUCGCUAUUAAAUCAAUUUAUGGCACCCUUAAACUUAUUUUAUACUCUUUUCAUUUACAUUCCACGUUUGUGUUGCCUCUUUAUAGCACAGAGCAAUCGAAACCUUUACAAUAUUGAUUAAUUUUUCACACUGAAACACGCCAGGGUGCAACUAAUUUUCUGCAUGCUGAUAGUAUGGAAUCUGUCUCCCUAGUAUUCAUUGUCUGCCUGUUCCUCUUCCUCCUAUACACUAUACAACAGGUACAGUCCUAGGUACAAAAUUUACUUUACAAAAGUUCCUGUGCAAUAUUUCGAAUUGCCAUAAGAACGCAUUUGGGCAUUAAAAUAUUCUUCUAACUAAAUCACUUUUUGUUACCAUAAAAAUAUACAGGUUAUCUGUGUAAGUAAUGUUACUUUAUUCAAUGUCUUGAUUGCCCGAUGUUCAAUUUCUGAUUUCUUCACUUUAACUUUAAUCCUAAGAAAAAAUACCUACUUCCUAAUUAACCAACUUUGCUCAAAUAAUAAUAAAGCUAGCAGUAGUACCGGAUUUAGUUAGAACACACUAUAAUUAGUGAACCGUGUCGCGCAUUUUAAGAUGCAAAAAAUUGAAGAGGUCCAUUUGUUUGUCGUAGGGCGCGGUUUUGCAAUAAAUCAUUACAAUGGAGAAGUUUCCAGUUCUUUGUUGUAAAAUAAUUAUGAGAAUUGAAACAAAAAUGCCAAAGAUUCAUUAAAAUACCUCUAUAAAUGAAAAAGUUACAAGAUUUUAAAGUUGCGCUUGGAAAAAUAAUUUCGUUUCAGUGUGUGACGUCACUUGACCUAUUCACAUAAGAUGGCUAUUCGUUCGCUUACUACGUGUACGGUUGGUUACGGACUCAUUAGGUCAAUUGACGUCGCAAGCAGUGCAGACUACUACUGUGUUGCGCACUGUAAUACUUAAACUGAAAUAAUAUAUCAGUGAUUUAUUACGGAUUUUAAAUUUUUCUUUACUAGUUACUACAGUCAGGGAGACAUUUCUGAAAAAGGCUCUCUAAAUCAUGUCUAACGGCGUUUUGUGCUAUAAACUGGCAACAGGCGGUUCCAGACUAAUUUGCCCCCGUUCAAAACGAUGCGCCCUGUUGCCAGACCCGAUUUUGACAUUUAAGCCCUUAAAUCCAAGAUGGCGGCCAAAAUUUCGUCGUUUUUUCGGUUCGAGCCCACAAGGCAGCAACUGAACGUUUUUGGUAGUUUAAGGGUAGAAUAAUAUCUAGUACACACGACGACACCGUUUAGGCACACUUUCGUAUUCAUAUUAAGGGCGUAAAUGCCUAGACUCCGCUUAAAAACGUCAAAAAUGCAAAAGUCAUCAUUUUUUUUCUUUCUGACCGGUUGUCGACGUCCAAUAUGCAUUCAUAUGGUCAAGUUAACAUAUAAGUAUGUGGGGACCACCAGCAGCGCCAUAUGCCUGGGGCCUAGAUAUCAAGAUGGCGCCUGGAAAGUCCAAAAA